AUGCCGUGGGGGGGAUGGAGUAUGCUAGUCUAUUCGUCCGUUGUUCAGCUUGGGGGAUCCACAUGCACCAGCCACUUUCGCUUCGCUCUAAAUGAAUUGUCCUCCAGUCAGUGUUUGGAGCGCAUGUCACAUACCACUUGGCGGUACGGGCCCUGUCCCCAGAUUGUUGAUGAGCGCCGCAUCUUCCUUCCAACUCUUGGCUCAAACACGCGAUUGCAUCAUAGCCAUUGCUGGAUCAACUUGCCGGCGAUCUUCCCCUGUUCCCCUGCUCCCCUAGGGGGAAGGCAGAAGUGUCGGUCGGCUUCGUUCCCGAAAGAAGGCACUGCUGUGCCUAGCACUGGUCCACGACUUGUCCUCAUGUCUUCAGCUCUUCACGCCCUUCCAAGACAAAGGGCUAGGCAUGCGCCAAGCGUGGCACAGGAAAUGGGCAAGCGAGCAACGCGAGGCGCCGUUUUUCUGACCGGUCGCGCCCGUCACGCCCGGCUAUGCCGUGUUUGA